ACGAGAAGUGUGUUGUUUGCCUCGUGGAAGCCAAAAACAACUCACACCUGUCUUGACAGCCACACACCACAACCCAGCCCAACAAACAUCCACCUGCACCCUCCCUCCUUCCAUCGCAUCGCGCACACCACCAGCCGCCACCCACCCACAAAGCAGCCAUGUCGCUGACAUUUGACGAGUACGGUCGCCCCUUUAUCAUCAUCCGCGACCAGGACAAGCAGCGCCGACUCACUGGCCUUGAGGCACAAAAGGCACACAUCCUUGCUGCGAAGACCGUUGCCAGCACCUUGCGGACCUCUCUUGGACCCAAGGGUCUGGACAAGCUUCUCGUGGGCGCAGAUGGCGAUGUCACAAUCACAAACGAUGGCGCCACCAUCCUCGACAAAAUGGACGUCCAACACGAGAUUGCGAAGCUGAUGGUGCAGCUGUCCAAGUCACAGGAUGACGAGAUUGGCGAUGGCACCACUGGCGUCGUUGUGCUUGCGGGCGCGCUCCUGGAGCAGGCAGAGACUCUCCUUGACAAGGGCCUUCACCCCAUCCGCAUUGCCGAUGGGUAUGAGAUGGCUGCGCGUGUUGCGCUGGACCGCCUUGACGAGAUUAGCGAGAACUUCCCCGUGGAUCCCAAGAACAAGGAGCCCCUCGUCGAGACGGCUAUGACCACCCUCGGCAGCAAAAUCGUGAACCGGUGCCACCGCCAGUUUGCGGAGAUGGCUGUGGAUGCGGUGCUCUCUGUUGCGGACUUUGAGACGAAGGACGUCAACUUUGAGCUGAUCAAGCUUGAUGGCAAGGUUGGCGCCAAGCUCGAGGACUCGCGGCUCGUCAAGGGCGUCAUCAUCGAGAAGGGCAUGAGCCAUCCCCAGAUGCCCAAGGUUGUGCGCGACGCCAAGAUUGCCAUCCUCACGUGCCCCUUUGAGCCACCAAAGCCCAAGACAACGCACAAGCUGGAGGUGACGAGCGUUCAAGCGUAUGAGGAGCUCCGCGCAUACGAGCAGGAGAAGUUCCAGGAAAUGAUCAAGCAGGUGAAGGACACGGGUGCCAACCUUGUGCUGUGCCAGUGGGGCUUUGACGACGAGCCCAACCACCUCCUGCUGCAGAACGAGCUCCCUGCCGUGCGCUGGGUGGGCGGCCCCGAGAUGGAACUAGUUGCCAUUGCCACCAACGGCCGCAUUGUGCCGCGCUUCAGCGAGCUUGGCGCCGACAAGCUGGGCAAGGCUGGCUCCGUUCGCGAGAUUAGCUUUGGCACCACCCAGGACACCAUGCUCGUGAUUGAGGAGUGCGAGAACUCCAAGGCCGUCACCGUCUUUGUCCGCGGUGGCAACAGGAUGAUUGUGGAGGAGGCGAAGCGCAGCCUGCACGAUGCCAUCUGCGUUGUGCGCAACCUGAUUCGCGACAACCGCGUGGUGUACGGCGGCGGCGCUGCCGAGAUUGCCUGCGGUCUUGCCGUCCAGAAGGAGGCCGACAAGAUUUCGUCGCUGGAGCAGUAUGCGAUGCGCGGGUUUGUUGAGGCGCUUGAGUCCAUCCCGCUCGCCCUCGCCGAGAACUCCGGCCUCCCCGCCAUUGCAUCACUUGCAAACGCCAAGUCUGCGCAGGUGAAGGAGAACAACCCCUUCAUCGGCAUCGACUGCCAGCAGAAGGGCACCAGCGACAUGAAGAAGCAGCAUGUGCUUGAGACACUGAUUGGCAAGAAACAGCAGAUUAGCCUUGCAACGCAGCUCGUCAAGAUGAUCCUCAAGAUUGACGACGUUCGCGAGCCCGGCCAGUAAACGCACACAUACACACGCGUACACACACGCACACGCACGAGCGCACUCCGUUCUGUGGGUACAUGAAGCUUGUGUUUGUUGCUUGUGCUCGAUGUUUGUGUGUACUGUUAUGUGAGAGCCUGUGGGGGUGUGUGGCAGUUGAUGUUGUUGUGAUUGGUGUUGGUUGUUUGUAAUGGUGUAGGUUUGCUCCCUCGCUGUCGGUUUUGUGUUCUUAUCAGGCGUGCCUUUGCAACGGCAAGGUGUAUGUGUUUGUGCGUGUGUAUCUGUGGUUGUCGUGAAGAAAGCGAGCCCUCCUAUCCCUGUGGUGCUUUUUUCCAACCUCCAGUUUCGUGGUGUUGUCUUGUUGUGGAUGUUGGAGAGUUAUUGUUGGCAGUAGACAUGUGUUCCCCUCAGUGCAAACGCAAGGUCAACGAAACCACGGGAAAUGAUGGGACAAAGGAAGG